AUGACCGAGGCUGACUUAUACAUACUAUACAAAGGGAUGUAUGUCCCUAAUUAUUUUCACACCGUGCAAAGCCUGAAAUACUGUGAAGAAUUUUCUUUUCGUCCAGACGAUGUCCUCAUUACAACAUAUCCCAAAUCAGGUACAACUUGGACUAAGGAGAUUGUCCCUCUGAUCCUGAGUGGAGGAGAUCCAGCCUCUGUUGAGACUCUUCCAAAUUUGGAUCGUACUCCCUGGCUGGAGGAGACUCAGGCCUGUAAACUGAACCUUGAAGAUAGAUCAUCUCCUCGCAUAUUAACCACUCACCUCCUCUACCAUUGGCUGCCUCCGUCUUUUUUUGAAGUUAAACCAAAGGUCAUCUAUGUCAUGAGGAAUCCGAAGGAUGUGUUUACAUCUGCCUUUCAUUUUUUUGGGAUGUGUGGUCAUCUGGUCAGUCCAAGCUCACAGACAGACUUUCUCCAUAAAUUUUUAAAUAGAAAAGUGGCUUAUGGCUCCUGGUUUGAUCAUGUGAAAAGCUGGCUCAAUGCUGAAGAUAAACUGCAAAUGAUCAUCAUCUAUGAGGAAAUUAUCAUGGACCUAAAGAACUUGGUGACCAGAAUUGCAAAGUUCCUGGGGAAACCUCUGCAAGCAGAAAUAAUAGAGAAUUUAACAGACAGAUGUCCUUUCAACAACAUGAAGAAGAAUAAAAUGUCCAACUAUUCGACACUUGAAAUCAUGGAUCAGACAAAGAGUGAGUUUCUCAGGAAAGGAAUUGUUGGAGACUGGAAAAAUCAGAUAACAACAGCAGAAGUGGAGUACUUUGACCAUAUUUACAAAGAGAAAAUGAAAGACGUUAAUUACAAGUUCAUAUGGGAUUAA